AUGGCCGCCGAACAGCCCUCGGAAAUGCGCAACCCAGAAUCAGCGACUCUGCUCAAGAUACUUCAUUGGGACAAAUUUUUCGAAUCAGAGGCGCCCCCGCGGCUAGGAAUGGAGGUUGGUCAACGGCUACCGCUGACUGCUCUGUCUGCGUUCUCUGCUGGAAUGGCCAUCGGAUCGUACUAUGGUAGCAAAACUGCUUCAUACCGUUUCCGCGCCGAAAAUGCUCAUCGCUUUCCUACAACCUCAACCGGGUGGUUCCAAUACCAUAAGACAAAAAACUACGUGGCUAUUGUUGGUGGUGUCAAGAAUGGUAUGAAGCUUGGAUUCAAACUUGGUGCGGGUGCACUGGCUUUUUCUCUGUUUGAGGAAACCGUGGACUAUGCCCGUCACGAUAAAAGGGACUUUCUAUCCACGGUCACGGCAGGAUUGUCAUUCUCUGGGAUUUACAGUCUACUAGCGCGACACGACGUUUACACCGCCGCACGUACAACGAAACUGGGAUUGAAGCUGAGUCUCGCCUAUGGAUUGAUGCAAGAUGCUCUUGAAUUGCUCAAGGGCAACCGACCUGCCUUCGUUGACUUUAUCAUGAGUCAAGGCCGAACCAGGGCCGAGUAA